AAUACAUUUCCAGGAGAUAACUCUGCGACUUUCUCUUCUCUUCCUUCGAGCAGUGUUGAUCGAUCGCUCCCAGAUAUCUUAGUACUUUGAAUCGUACAAGAAGAAGAAGUUGUAUAGUCUUUUGUUAAUAGUAAUUGGUAAUCUAGGUUUUUUUUUUUCUCAUUUUCUUUCCAAGCGAGUAAUAAUAAACCUCUUAGUUAGUUAGUUGGGAGGAUUAUAUAUUUAAUUAAGGGUUCUGAGUAGUAACGAUCAUCCAGUUUUCGAAUUUAGAGGAAGGUACUAUAGGGGUUUGUUUGAUAAGAUCAUCAUGGAUAUUGACGAUGUUAAGAUAUUGGAUCCAGAGCUCUUGCAGCUUCCCGGUUUAUCGGUUAAAUCAAACCCUCUUAUUGCUGAGGAACUCUUCUCUCACUGGCUUUCCCUCCCUGAUACUGCCCGUUUGGUCAAGUCUUUGAUUGAUGAUUCCAAAUCUUCUAGUACACCGGUCAGUAUAUCCAAGAACUGUGCCAACCUCAAUAUUGCUUGCGGAAGUGCCUUGCCCUCUGUGUUUCUCAACAGCGGCACUCCCCCGCUUUCCCCACGUGGCUCCUCCUCCGGGUCCCCUCGUUUCUCCAGGCAAAAGACUAGCCCUUUUUCUCUCCACUCUCCUCUCAGAUCACUCAGGGAACCUCCUAAGCCCCAACUCAUUCCUCAGUUUUACUUCCAACAUGGGCCUCCUCCUGCAAAAGAACUGAAGGAGCAAUGUAUAUCCAUGGUUGAUCAUCUUUUUAGUGACUAUAUUGACGGGCUUCGUAUUGAUGAGUUCAAAACCGUUACGAAAGAAGUCUGCAAGUUGCCUUCUUUUCUGUCUUCUGUUCUUUUUAGAAAGAUAGAUGUGGAUUCCACCGGUAUCGUUACAAGGGAUGCAUUUAUCAAGUACUGGGUUGAUGGACAUAUGUUGGCAAUGGACGUAGCCUCACAGAUAUAUAAUAUUUUAAGACAGCCAGGCUGCAAGUACCUCAGACAGGCUGACUUCAAGCCCGUUCUUGAUGAGCUACUAACAACUCAUCCUGGCUUGGAAUUCCUGAGGAAUACACCUGAAUUUCAAGAAAGAUAUGCCGAGACAGUCAUCUACAGAAUAUUUUACUACAUAAACAGAUCAGGAACUGGUUGCAUUACCCUUAGAGAGCUGAAGCGUGGGAACCUUAUUGCUGCUAUGCAACAAGUUGAUGAAGAAGACGACAUCAAUAAAGUUAUUAGGUACUUUUCGUAUGAACAUUUCUACGUUAUCUACUGCAGAUUUUGGGAACUCGAUGGCGACCAUGAUUUCCUUAUUGAUAAGGAAAAUCUCCUCAAAUAUGGUAACCAUGCCCUUACCUACAGGAUCGUCGACAGAAUAUUUUCACAGGUCCCUAGGAAAUUUACAAGCAAAGUGGAGGGGAAGAUGAGUUAUGAAGAUUUUGCAUACUUCAUCCUCGCUGAGGAGGAUAAGUCUUCUGAGCCUAGUCUUGAGUAUUGGUUCAAGUGCAUAGACCUGGAUGGAGAUGGGGUGAUGAGUCCUAAUGAAAUGCAGUUUUUCUAUGAAGAGCAGCUGCAUCGCAUGGAAUGCAUAACCCAGGAACCUGUACUCUUCGAGGAUAUCCUGUGCCAAAUAUUCGACAUGAUUAAACCAGAGAAGGAGAACUGUAUCACACUCAAUGAUCUGAAAGCAUCAAAACUUUCGAGGAAUGUAUUCAAUAUACUCUUUAACCUGAACAAAUUCAUGGCGUUUGAAACCCGUGACCCCUUUCUCAUUCGCCAGGAGCGGGAAAAUCCAACAUUGACAGAAUGGGACAGGUUUGCGCAGAGAGAGUAUGUGAGGUUAUCAAUGGAAGAAGAUGAAGUCUCGAAUGGGAGUGCAGAUGUUUGGGAUGAACCACUCGAAUCUCCAUUUUAGUGAAGACUUCAUAAGAGGUUGGAUCUUCUUGGCCGGUAACAGCCUAGGAAUCAGAUGUCAGACAACAACGACAGCUGGUCCUUUCAACCUAGAGAUUGGCGAGAACGAUAACUCUCUGAGGGGAGACUGUGUUGUUUCAUAGAGUAUUUGUCUUGCUUAGAUUUUCAGGUUGAACUCUUUUUCGGUGUAUGUGUAUUAUAAGUCUGUUUAUAAAGCUUUGGGGAACCAAACAACGAUGUUUGAAAUAUGUACAAAGAUAUUUCUUUUUUGUGGGGAAAAAAGGAGUACAAAUCUUUGAACUUGUUUUUA